GAGAUAAAAUGGGGUAUCAUUGGGGUAGGCAAUGUAUGUGAAGUCAAGAGCGGACCUGCGUUUCAGAAGUGCGAUGGGUCUGAGUUGGUGGCUGUGAUGCGGCGCGAUGGCGCAGCAGCGGAAGACUUUGCCAAACGACACGGAGUGCCCAAAUGGUACGAUGAUGUGGAUCAACUCAUCAAUGACGAUGAGGUCAAUGCUCUGUACAUCGCCACACCCCCUG